AUGGACCCUAAAACGGUGAAAUCCGACCUCGUUCUCAUCCUCGAUUACGGUUCCCAAUACACGCACCUCAUCACGCGCCGCAUCCGUAGUCUCUCCGUGUUCUCUCUCUGCGUCUCCGGCACCUCCUCUCUCGCCACCAUCACCGACCUCAACCCCUCCGUCGUCAUUCUCUCCGGCGGUCCCCACUCCGUACACACCCCGGACUCCCCCUCCUUCCCCGAUGGCUUCCUUCCCUGGGCCCUCUCCCAUGACAUCCCCGUCCUCGGCAUCUGCUACGGCCUCCAGCUCCUCGUCCAGCGCCUUGGCGGCGUUGUCCGCGUUGGACACAAGCAGGAGUACGGACGCAUGGAAAUCUGCGUCGACAAACCCUCCGCGCUCUUCCCCUCCGGCAAAGUUGGUAAACGACAGGUCGUUUGGAUGAGCCAUGGCGACGAGGCCGCCACGCUUCCUGAUGGCUUCCACGUCAUCGCCCGCAGCGACCAGGGCGCCGUCGCCGCCAUUGAAAACCCCUCCGCCAAGCUAUACGGUCUUCAGUAUCAUCCUGAGGUGACGCAUACGGAGGAGGGAAUGGAAACCUUGCGGCAUUUUUUGUUUGAUGUUUGUGGCGUGGAAGCAGGCUGGAACAUGGAGGAUGUGAUGGAGGAGGAGAUAAAGGUGAUUAACGAUUCUGUGGGGCCUGACGAGCAUGUGAUAUGUGCUUUGUCUGGUGGUGUGGAUUCCACUGUUGCUGCAACUCUUGUGCAUAAGGCUAUUGGGGAUAGGCUUCAUUGUGUGUUUGUGGAUAAUGGGCUGCUUAGGUAUAAGGAGAGGGAGCGGGUGAUGGAGACCUUUGAGAAGGAUCUUCAUUUACCGGUUGUGUGUGUUGAUGCCGUGGAUCAGUUUCUUACGAAGCUGAAGGGUGUUACAGAUCCGGAGACUAAGAGGAAGAUUAUUGGAAAGGAGUUUAUUUGUAUUUUUGAUGCGUUUGCUCAGGAGCUUGAAGGAAAGCUGGGGAAGAAGCCUGCUUACUUGGUUCAAGGGACUUUGUAUCCGGAUGUGAUUGAAUCUUGCCCUCCACCAGGGACUGGGAGAACUCAUUCCCAUACCAUUAAGAGUCAUCAUAAUGUUGGAGGUCUUCCAAAGGACAUGAAAUUGAAGCUUAUUGAACCACUUAAGCUUCUGUUCAAGGAUGAGGUUCGUCAAUUAGGGAGGAUCUUGGAUGUUCCUGAGGCCUUUCUCAAACGUCAUCCAUUUCCAGGGCCUGGUCUUGCUGUGAGAGUUUUGGGUGACGUGACUGAAGGAAAUGCUUUAGAUAUUCUCCGACAGGUUGAUGAGAUCUUUAUCCAGUCAAUCAAGGAUGCUGGUCUCUAUGAUUCAAUAUGGCAAGCUUUUGCGGUUUUCUUGCCCGUUCGGUCGGUUGGUGUUCAAGGUGAUCAAAGAACACACUCCCAUGUUGUUGCUCUCAGAGCUGUUACAAGUCAAGAUGGAAUGACCGCUGACUGGUACUACUUUGAGCACAAGUUCCUUGAUGAUGUGUCCCGAAAGAUCUGUAAUGGUAUCCGUGGUGUAAACCGUGUGGUGCAAGACAUUACCUCAAAGCCACCGUCAACAAUUGAAUGGGAAUAA